AAAAGCCCUAGUAGUAAUCUAAUGACUCCUGUUCAGUAGGUGGCGCCAGCGGCCAAACCACGUCUUGAAGAGGGGAGUCUGACGAAGUAAACAAAUUAUGACAUUCCGAGUCGCUGUUUAGUGGCAACAAUUAAUUCCAAUUUUAGUCUUACCUUAGUUGAACACUUGUGUAUUGGCUACUACUAUGGACACAAAUACUCUGUUGCUCAAGUUUGAUGGUCGAUCCCGUUUGCUGGUUCGUUCUCUCCUCUCCGGAGCUACCGGUGCCCGCCGUGCACGGUGUGUUUUUCUGAGGCAGCGACGUUCAGAACCGGACAGCUGCCUCCACAAGUGUCUACAAACGCUUUGCCAGCAUGAAAUAUUCCCGACUACUGAUGCGGAAACACUGAAAACGAAACCACUUGUGUGCCUAUUUCCUGUGGCCUUCCAACAGAACCUGUUGUCCUUUCUACACCUUGUACACCCUGAGCUACCACAAACCAGUGUUCUUCACCUACUGGACUGCCUUUGCUUGGACGAGCCUGUCCGAGACUCCUGGGUGUCUGUCCUGGUCUCACAGCUCCGGAGAGAUCUCGGAGCCCCUGGGGGAAAGGAUUCGAUACUCAGCCCUCAGUGCCGAGACCAACUGAGGGGCCUGUGUGAACGUCUGAAGGGUGGUGGCAAAGCAACGGGAUGGGCUUCGUAUUUAGACGGACCAAUAGAGCCGCAGCUGUCGUCGACAUCACAGAGGAAGAGGAAGUGCGACCGCGUGAAUCUGGACUCGGAACCCGAGGAGGACUCCGGACGGAGGAGUAAGAGGAGGAAGUUGAGUCUCUCUCCUGCUGUUGAGGCCGACGGGAGCUGUUGCAGUACGGCAGGCGGUGGAGUCACAGAGGGUCUGGAAGAUGAAAUGGAUUCAGGCAGAGAUGAUGAUGAUGAUGAUGAUGAUGAUGGCGGCGGCGGUACAGAGGUCAGAGUAUAUGUGGAGCCUCCACAGCCGACGGUAACCGUUAAUCCGUGCGAUGCCCUGCCCGAGCAUGUCAAGGCGUCAAUCCCUCAAAUUAGGGAAUUGUUACAAAGUGAAAUGGAGGAGUGGGAUCAAAGCUCUGUAGAUGUCUUUAAGGUGCUGAAUGACUGUGCCCCUUCUGAGGUUGAGGUGUUAUGUGGGAUGCUAUAUUUGUCAGAGACCCCAGAACAGACCUUACCUCAGCUGUGUAGCUGCUUGCUGGCGCUCAGCCCUGACCUCAGUCACAGCACCGCAGCCUCACUCAUUAAGAACCUCCUGCUGGGAAAGGUGAUGUCCCUCUCUGAACCUGCCUCGCGCUGCCUUGUCACGGCUGUGACGUCGCUAUGCAGUCGCUAUCCCAGGCCAACAUGCCAAGCUCUGAUUGGACCGAUCCUGGAUGGGCAGCCAGGCAGUGCACAGACUGAGCUGCUCAACAGGUUGAUUGAAGACUGCCUUGAUCCCCACUACAGACUGCUGGUGUUUCAGAUGACACUCAAAGGGAUUUGGAGUGAAGGAGUUUUGUCUGUUAUUCAUGCCCUUUUGGACAAAAAGCUGGAGCUGAAUGAAGACCUUCUCACGAUUUUCACUGACCAGUUAAGCAGCCAGGCUCCUCAGUUCGUCACAUCCAUGAAGUUUGCCAAGAUGUUGCUUACAGUUCUCACCAAGUAUAACAUGCAUUUGACUGCAGUUCACCAAAGCACUCUGUCCUGCUGCCUGUCUUCCAACCAAACCUUCCUGAAGAAGUCCCUCCAAGCUGCCCUGAAGAGAAUCACACAUUCAUGAAACACUGACUUACUCCCAUUUAUAAUAUUACAGGAAUAAAUGGCUGAGUGGC